AGCUAAACUGAGAGAAGAGAGGAGACCGGGAGCUGAAAGAAAGACAAACAGACUAGAAGAAAAAACAAACAGCUGUUGCAGUUUAGCGCUUCAGGCUUCAUCAGCUUUCAGAAGAACAUUGUUAUUUUUCAUUGUUAGCUUUUACAGAAUUUCUAAAAGGCAAAAUGAUAAGCAACAGAAUCAUUGUCAGCUCCAUUGUGGUGCUUUUGACCCUGCUGGCCACCUGUGAAGGCAUGGGAGUAGAACUGCACUGCCGUUGCAUUCAGACAGAAAGCAAACCUAUUGGCCGCCACAUCGAGAAGGUGGAGUUGAUUCUUCCCAACUCCCACUGCGAGGAGACGGAGAUCAUUGCCACACUGAAAAAGACAGGUGAAGAGGUUUGCCUUAAUCCUGAGGCCCCCUGGGUCAAGAAAGUGAUCAACAAGAUCAUGUCCAGCAGACCGUGAGCUGAAGAACUGAAG